AUGGCCAGCGAAAGCUCCGAGCGCCUCAACAUGCCCGAUGGCAUGGAUCGGUUUACAGCAACAGGAAGACCUUUUAAGGCUUCCACUGAGCGGGACAAGGCAUCAGCAGCAUUCACGUCCGUUAUGGCGUCAGACACUGGGGGCAUUGCUGGUGUCAAUCACCUGCCCGUAAAGUUCACGGAUGACUCCCUGAUACCCGUCGCAGUCCUGCCACCCAACAGCUCCGCCCCAGCUGAGACGUCUAAGAAGCAGUGGUUCUGGUCGCGAAGGAGGUCCGAAAACAGCAACUUUAUUAUGAAGAAGAUGCCGCGCCGGGAUUACUUGAAGCACUAUGCCAAGGACGACAAUGGGCGGUACUGUGGUACAGAAGCACCAGCCGAGGACUGUAUCUUGCGAGGUGAGGAUGUCGGGAAGUACAGGCCGCAUUCGCUCACGUUUCGCAAUGAGAUGGGUGGUACAAGUUCAAAGAAGGACAAUGUCGUGCGGUGA